CGACAAGGUCACUACCUCGGUUGACUUCCAUCUCACGUCAUCGGAGUUCGAGCAAUGGACUGUGGGAACGCGGUAUGCAACAGCCAAGCGCCGUUUCAGAAACGCUUCAGUUGGAGUAGAGGGUGGCGAAAUCGCCUGCCAGGAUGGAGCAGCUCGAGCAGCCCGGAGGAUUCAAUGUUGUGAGCGCUCCGGACAAGAAAACCCGCGAGCAUCAAGCAAUGGAGCUGUACCAAAAGGGGGUCGAAAUCGCCCAUGGGUCGACGUCCACCGACGACAACCUGCGCGCGAUCGAAUUCUUCAGCAUGGCGAUAUCGAUUCGGCCUAACCACGCGCGCUACUUCCUCGCUCGUGGCAACAGCCUCAGAGCAAUCAACGAGCACGAAAGCGCCAUCCACGACUUCGACAUGGCUAUUGAGCUAGACAGCUCGUGCGCGUCGUACUACGCGACGCGGGGCUUGUGCCACCGAAAGCUCGGCAAGGCUGCCGAUGCCCUUAUCGACUUCACUCUCGCCAUCGAACUUGAUGCAAAAAAGGGCAAUCACUACUUCAAUCGAGCACUUGUGUUGUACGACGCUGGUUACUACGCCGAUGCCAUUGUCGACUUCACGAAAUCCCUCGAAGAUGCAUCAGGAAGUGCCACCGGAGCCGGUCGAACCGAAUUCCGCGCGCUGCAUAGCCGUAGCAACUGCCACCGCCGCAUGGGCAAUUUCCAGAUGUGCGUGGAUGACAUGCUGCAAGCCAUUAAGUUGGAGCCGAGAAACCCCGUGGGGUACAAUGCGCUGGCGCAGUGCUACAUGGAGUUUGGCGACGUCGACAGCGCGAUCAAGCAUUUUACGGCGGCCAUCAAUCUACAGGAUACCGUCCCCGCCUACCUGAACAACCGUGGCCAAGCCCUCUUUCGCCAGGGCCACGAGUCGUUCCGUGCGGCAUUGAUCGACUUCAACGCGGCUGUCAAACUGGACGGGAAAGAUGCCCAGGCUUACUACAACCGUGGCCUGGCGCGGCUCGCCAUUGCCUUUGUUGAUAUUGAAAAACGGGAUCAAAUCGAGUGGACCCAGGAAGCGAAGGACGUCAUGGUCGAUGUCGAGGACUCGGACGAUGAAUCGAAUUCCAACCCUGCCACACGGACUGCGACUCCAUUGACUCGCACACCCUCGGUCACCAUCAAGCCCGCUCCAGUUGCGACUCUACAUCCCUCGAAAGACGGGAACGAUCCGAAUCUCCAUGACAACGCUGAGAACGCCGGCAAUUCCACAGCGAGUACGGGCAUCAUGAGUGUCGACGAGCAACUCGAGGCGGCGAUUGCCGAUUUCGACAUGGCGUGCUCCCUCGACCCCGAAAGCACGCGGUAUUUGUACGGCAAGGCGAUGGUGGUUCACCUGACGACACGCGACAACGAGGCAGAGGGAGCCAGCGACACACUCGCCGUGCUGCAACUGGCGCUCGACGUCGACUCCCACCACGUGGCGUCGAGGUUCCAUCGCGGGUUGCUCUUCCACGUGCAAAAACAAUACGACAAAGCUGUCGACGAAUUCACGACCGUGAUCACCGAGAUCCCGACCGAACCGAGGUUUCUGGAAGCUCGGGGCCUCGUCUUCCAAGAAAUUCAUCUCCACGACCUUGCAGUUGAGGUAUGCUCCAGGCAACAUUCAAGAACGUGGCCAGAUUUUACCAGCGCUAUGGCAGUCCAUCCUUCGCCUCCGCCUGCGCAUUACCUGUAUCACCGCGGAGAAAGCUAUCUCCGAUUGCACAACUUCCAGCAAGCCGUCGACGACUUUACGACCGCGAUAGACAUUGGCGGCGAGACACCCGCUGUUCUGAACGCGAGGGGCCUGGCGCACAAGGCGCUGGGCUUGUAUGAAGCAGCUAUCGCCGAUUUCUCGAACUGCAUUCGGCUGAACAAACGAAUGGCGGUGUUUCGACUACAUCGAGCACAAUGCUACUUAGACACACAUUUGUUUGAGGAAGCGCAUGGGGAUCUGAAGCUCGCGAUUCGCCUGGCCCCGACAGACCCCAGACUACUCUACUUUGAUGGGGUGGCGCUGUUCCAGCUAAAAGCGUACAGAGACUCAUUGGCUAAAUUCACGACGGCCCUGAAAUGGACGCCGCCUGAGGCAUGCCUGAGUGACCUGUAUUACCACAUGGGACUGGGGCACGCCAGCGUUGGCGAACACAUCCAAGGCGUCGAGUUCUUCACGCGAGCCAUCGACCAGACGACAAGUCGCCAACUCAAGACCAAGUACUUGCACGAGCGAGCGAAAGCUCUGCAGCUGGAAGGAUACUACGAAGAGGCCAUCGCGGACUUUACCCAAGUCAUUUUGCACAACCCGACCAACGCCCAUGCCCACUUUCGCAGGGCGUUUGCAUUCAAAUCCGUUGGACGUGUUGCGGAAGCCGCGGCCGACAUUGAAACCGCCAAGCUGCUUGACCCGACCAACCCCCACCUCAUGGUCAACUACAAAAACCUCCAUGACACAGAAUGCAUCGUCCUGUGCGUCCCCGGUCAUGAAGUCGAAUAUUAGUCGGAUCAUGACCUCCCAUAGCAAACAGUGUCCUGUUCCAGACUAGUCUAUUACUGUCGUCCAAGCAUGGCAUCGUCCC